AUGGACGACCGGCGCCUGAAAUUUAAGCUCCUCUCUCUCAACACCAAAAACUCCUCUUCCUCCGGAGGCGACAGCGGCGGUGUCAAUAGCCCUUUACUUUACUCAAAGUCUGGUGGUGGGAAAUGGAGUGCAUCAAGAUUUGCUGGGGCGAUUAUGUUUGGAGUAAACUCAACUAUAGGCUACUUUUUGAUGCUGGCAAUCAUGUCCUUUAAUGGUGGGGUGUUUAUUGCGGUGGUUUUGGGGCUGGCGAUUGGGUAUUUGGUUUUUAGGAGUGGUGGUGAUGGGGAGGAGGUAGUGGUGGCUGAUAAUCCAUGUGCUUGUGCUUGA